CCCGAAUAAGUCUAUAAAAAGCGAUGUGGGCACCUCAUUCACUGGUUUUCAUAUGCCGACACCCUCCUCAAACACAUCAGCUGCCCAUUUUCGCAACAACUUGUUCAUAGUGCUUUCCGAUACUUCCGUAUUCCUUCUACUACCCGUACUUAUAUAUUAUUAUUCUUCUUAAUAUUUUCUCUGGAAAUCCGUCGUCUAAAAUCAGAAUGUUGGCUGGACAACACCACGUUACAGACAUUGAGUCACCUCUGAUGGUUGUGUUAUGGCGAGUGGCCGCUGGCGUUUUUCUGCCACUGGUGCCCACCAUGGCAGUUUUUGGAAAUGUUCUCGUGAUAAUGUCAGUGUUUCGAGAACGAUCUCUACAAACCGUCACAAAUAUGCUAAUUGUGAGCUUAGCAGUUUCUGAUUUUAUGGUUGCCAUAGGAGUGAUGUCAUUUGGUGUAUAUUAUGAGUGGAACGAUUUCAAAUGGGGACUGGGUUCAUUUUUCUGCCACGUGUAUCAAGCACUCGACGUCGCGUGCUCGACAGCUUCUAUUCUAAAUUUACUCGCAAUUUCGUUAGAUAGAUAUAUUGCAAUAGGUCAUCCAAUCUCAUAUGCUCAGUACGGUGCACGUGGUGGCCGUGCCAUGAUUUCGAUCACGAUUGUAUGGGGUGUCAGUGUUGCUGUUGCUCUUCCACUUCUUUUGGGAGUGAAUCCAAUGGAAGAGAACGAUGAAUGCGAAUUGGCAAACCCAUACUUCAACAUGAUCUCAUCAAUCUUUUCAUUUUUUAUUCCAUGCAUUGCCAUGAUCAUUUUAUAUACAAUUAUUUUCCGAAGGCUGCGGCAACGAGAGCGAGCAAGAAGCUUACGGCAAGCACAGAGGAGUGAAAACGAUAAAAUCAGCUCGGCACUUCUUGGUGGUGCCCAGAUCGCUAGACAAAUGGGCAAACAUUUCAAAAAUCGAACGGAUCAAAUACUGUUAGAAAUCAGUUUUCAGACGUCAUCGUUCCCAACCAUGUCGGAAUCGUCUGAAGAUGCAUCAACGAUCUCACCAAUGAUCAACUCGUUCAAUAACUUUCUGCCAAAGAAAACGCCGUAUCCAAGUACAUCAAUACCGGCGAUUCCUGAAUGUGGAAGUAUGCCUAACUUAACAAUUAUAGAACGACCAGAAGCAGAAAAAGAAAAAGAAAUUUCAAUAAUGGACCUUCGGGAUACAGUUGAAAUGUUGGACGACAAGUACUCUUCGGCAAUUCUCACUAGCUUUCAAACUUCCAGAUCCUUCGGUGAGGAGCUUGAAGAGAUCCUUCCUUUCAUCGAUGGGUCUAAUAGUGUAAAGCAUUCGAGGGAACAGUUGCAUACAACUAGAUCAAAUACAAGCACAACAAGAUUGCUAGAUGUAAAACCAGAACUGAGAAGCAUAAGUGUGCCGAGUAUUCAAGACGAGAAGAAACUCAGCCAAAAAUCUAACGAUCUUCCAUUUUCUCAUCAGAAUGGAACACAUAAACAAAAACUCCUCCCGAAUCCGGGAAUAUUGAUGAAAAGCAAAUCAACCACUUUAUUGAAAACAAAUGGGUAUAUGGACACUGAUUCUCUUAACAGAAACUCUCACAAAAAAAGCCUUGCUGAUCUCUUAGCCAAUGAUGAAUUUUCUUUUUCGGAUUCUAUGCGGGUAUAUAAAAAUCGAUUAUUUAAAAGCCUGAGUCGCGCAACCAGCGGAUGGAAUAAGCCAAGACCAUCAAGGCACAUGGUGAAAAAGGCUACCAAACAAAUGAGGAGGGAACACAAAGCUACAGUAACUCUUGCAGUUGUGCUAGCUGUGUUCCUCUUCUGUUGGUUGCCAUUUUUCGUGCUUCACCUGAGCAAUUCAAUUUGUUUGAUAAUUGAUGAAAAUAGUGCCUGUGUUGGUUUCCUUCCCUUAUAUCUUGCGACAUGGCUGGGAUAUCUCAAUUCUUCUCUCAAUCCAUUGAUCUACACAGUUUUUGACCAAAGAUUCCGAAAUGCCUUCCGGAACAUUUUAUCAUGCGGGAUAUUCAAAAAAAGAUGAUCUUAAUAUAUUUUAUUUUCUUAUUCUAUUUGUAUGGAAACUUUAUGUGUCAUUGCCUUACUGAUCGUUUUGAACGUUCAAAUUUCGAAAAAAUUAUUUAUUUUAAAAAUAAAACGAUACUCUAGUUUU